UAAGAUCAAUAAUAACCGCCUCACUUGAGUCAGUUUUAAAGAAAAAAAGAAAACAAAACCAACGUCCAAACGGAGCUGGGAGCGAGCAUCGCAACUGUCUGCCCCUGUUUGCUGGAGGAAACGACGCUGGAUGUGCGCAAGAGCUCUCAACACUUUUUUACGCCUGAUCUGAAGGAGGCGCGAGCAGGAAUGGGUGAUCGCUCGUGCGUCCUGCUUCUACUACGGAUACCCCAGCUGGUUUCAGAUCAGGAGCAGUGAAAACGGCACUUCAGGGUGUAGAUUUGUAGAUUAAUGAUGAAUGGGUGGUACAAACCGUCUGAAGAAGUAAACUCGUCCAGGGAAGCGCGUGCUGGCUGCUUCAUCAGGACUGUCUUACGUAACUGAGCUUUGUGGACUGACUGGCAGAGAAACGGCUGGUGCCGACCUGUUUCAUCGGAGCGAGGAAAGGCAGGUGCAGAGAACAGUCACAAGUUUGUUCAUUCACUCGGCAUGAGCAGAGAAGACGCUGUCUCCCAUCGCCAGUGAGCACGGUGAGAUGAACGAGGGCCACAGGCAAAGUCGAGGGGACGUCGCUGUGGAAGCUGACGCCUUCCUUCACACAGUGAACCCAGACCUUGUUACACUUACUGACAAAAACAGGAACCUUUGUCCAGGUUUUGUCCAGGGAUUCCUUCAGGAUGACCAGGAUUUCGGCUCUCCUCCAGUGUUUGAGCAGGAAUACCUUCUGGAUGGGAGACUGAUGGAGAAUAACCACAUCGAUCAUCAGAAAGAAAACCGCUCAUAUUUCUCAAGAGCUGAUCAGUAUCACCUUUCUAGUGUCAAGGAAGGUUCAGAUGUCCCACCUCAUGCUGACUCUGCUUUGUCCAAUCACGUUGCUGGUCUGCAGCAAAAUUGUGCUAGCAGUGAAAUCCACAAUGGAGCAAAAUCAAAAGUUUCUUUCAGUGCAGAUUCCUCCAUAUGUAACCCCGGCCAGGCUAAACAGGAAACUGAUUGGUCUCUUCUCAAAUCAAACCUUGAAUGCAGAGACAGCAGCCAGAAAGCUGAGAACACACAGCCUAAAAAAGAGCCUGAUUUAGUCAUCGAAGUAGGCGGGCAGACCAUCAAUGCUCACAAGUCUGUCCUUGCAGAGAAGAGCGAUUACUUCAAAGCACGGCUGUCACGCAACAUCCUGAAAGUGAAGGGCAUGAGUUACAAGACUUUGUCUACCUUGAUAGACUAUGUUUACACAUCUCAGAUUAGCGUAAGCAAGGACAAUGUUGUUGAUGUCAUCACGGGGGCUAAAAUCCUCCAGAUCCCCUGUGCCGUCCAGGCAGCCAUGGACUCCAUGUCUGAGCAAAUCACAGCAGAAAACUGCUACGAGAUUCUGACCAUCGCCAAGAAGCAGCGACUCAGUGAACUAAAGGAGACGGCGUAUGGAUUCAUGAGCGACAACUUCCUCCAGAUCCUCAAAGACCCUGCCGUCUACGGCCGUCUGACUGGGUCUGAGCGAGAUCUGAUUCUGAAGAAGAGAAUGGAUGGGAGGAAGACUCUGAUGGUUGCAGAGAUAAAUGAUGUGUUUGAUCGAGUUGGAAGCCGGCCUCCAAGUCGCUGUGGCAGCCGACCACAGAGCCCCUUAUCUGUCGGGUCUUUGGAGGAGAACCAUAUGAUUUACUGCUUUAACGAAGCAGAAAAUGACUGGCGACCUUUGACUGUGAUGCCGGAGGACAUAAACACUAAAGGAUGUGGGAUCUGCACCAUGUAUAACUACCUGUUUGUGGCAGGUGGAAUAAAGGGCUACGGGGACAGGGGCAAGGUCUCAGACAAGGUCUUCUAUUACAACCCCAUCACCAACCGCUGGGCCGAGGUCAGACCUCUGAAUCAGGCACGUGCCCAACUUAAGCUUGUAUCCAUGGAUGGCUACCUGUACGCCAUUGGAGGGGAAUGUUUAUUUACAGUGGAAAAAUAUGACCCUCGAAUGGACCGCUGGACAACGGUUGCCCCCUUGCCCAAGGGAGCCUUUGCGGUGGCCCACGAAGCCACCACCUGCAGCGGAGAACUCUAUGUUUCAGGAGGCUCUCUUUUCUACCGUCUCCUCAAAUACGACCCAAAGAGGGACGAGUGGCAGGAGUGCCCCUACAACAACAGCAGGAAGAAGUCCACCGACAUGGUGGCACUGAAAAGCUUCAUCUACCGCUUUGAUGUGAACCGGGAGCAGGGAAUCAACGUCUUCAAGUACAACACCAUUGUGAAAAUGUGGCACGACUGUGCCUCACAGAGGCUCGGGAGUCACUUACCCUUCAGGUGUGCUGUUAUCGGGAACUGCAUCUACUGUGUGAACAAAAGUCAGACUCUUCAGUUUGUGGUGGAGGAGGAGAACGCCUACUUUAUCGAGGAGGCGCUGAAGGCUCCUAUGGAGGCGAAGGGUGUCCUUUUUCCUUUUGUUCUCAGUUUGCCUGAAAAGCCUGAAAAAGUUGCAUAGUGCGUGUGUAUAUAUGUGUGUGUAUGAAUCAGAGUAACAUAACGAUUUGUCAUUAAGCAAAACUACAAUAAGAAGACCUUAUAUACACUCUUCAACGUCAGCUUUUUAUCUCAGUGUCUCAUUGCCUGCUUGCAAUGGAAUGUGUGUAUUUGCAUGGCUAUUUAAUGCAUCUACAGCCUUAAAAGAAAACUGUUUUUAAUGUUAAAUGAAAUGGUGUUUGGAAGUGACUGUAGAUAAAGACAUGAUGAAAGUGAUUUUUUUUUUUCAUAUGUGUUCACUUUUGUUUGGUGCACUUUUGUAAUUACAGAUAGAAUAGACAUUAUUUAGUGCAUAUAUAGCUGAAUGGUGACUUUGGUAACAAAAAAAAAAUGUUAUUUGAAAACAGUGGAGGCAGUUUUAGUGUGCUUUAUGAAUGAUGCUACACAGGCUCUAUGCAAAAUGAGUUAGAAAGCACAAGUCUGCUAUAAUUCUGUGUUAUUUAUCAGUUACUAUGCGUGAAAUCUGGCUGGAAGGAGUACAAUACUUACUGUUAACAAUACAGCUUUUGAUUUAACUCAUAAAUUAAAGGCCCUUUAGUGACACUACUGUCACUAAAAGCAAGCCAAUGAAGAUAUCUUCCCUUUAGAGCAGUUAAAGAGCUCAUUGAAUCUGCAAUGGUUAAAGAUAACUGAGUUGAGCUCAAACUUUAUAUUUUUGCAACACAGAUCAGAAAAAACAUGAUUAAAAAUAUAGAAAUUACUUAUAUUUUUACAUUAACAUAUUUUCCUUAGAGUGCAUAAUAAAUUGUCAGCAGUGUUUCCAUUAAGCAUAUUUGCCAAAGGUCACUAUCCAGUCAGGCUGUAUUACACCUGGAAAAACUUGUGUUAAAUAAGUUAUUAAAGGGAAUUUCUCCAACUCAAGCUGACACGAGUAAAAGCCAAAAGCAAUAUCAGUCUUUUGUAAGAGAAGUGUCAAUUUAGUUUUAAAAGAAUUAAGUUUUUAUUAAUGUAAGAAAUCUCCAUUGUAACUCUACCCUGUUCUGUUCAACUCUUUUCAGUGCUUCCAAUGUUUGAUCAAAUGCUACAGCACAGUCAAGUCAUUCAUUCAUUGCCUUUAUUGGCUCCACAAACAUAGAUUUCCUUGUCUUAUGACACUGAUAAGCCAUGCUGUUUUGCAUCAGUGCACAUUAAGUCCAUUUUCCAAUAAAUUAUCUGAUUAUUUUUAGAUAUUUUGCAGUAUUUUUAUGCUUCUGCAAUAACACAGUGGAGGUUUGGUAUGGAAGCUAAUGCUGAUAUUCUUUGAACAGAUUGCUUCUAAUAAUGCUUGUAGAGAUGUUGAACUGAUUCAGGUUUAAUGGAUGUGGUUUUGACAUUCUGUUGGCUGAAAUCUGUGUUUUUGUGAGCUUUAUGUCUGGAUUUUGGCAUUUUUGGGAUCUGCUGCUGUGAUAAAAUGUGAAGUAACUCAGUGCAAGGCUCCCUGUUCAUGGUAUUUGGAGUGGGCUAUUAAACAAGCUGUUGGAUAAUGCAUAUCAGUAAAAACGAAGUGCUUCAAAUAAAAUAUUUUGUGUCUGAAAA